AUGACACGUCUUCGCCUUCUUACAGACGCUAUCAUACACACCAGAAUCACCAAUGACGAGAAGGCGUUGCGUCGUGUGACCCGCAAAUUCCACAGCUAUACUUCACUCGCAUAUACUAGCGGGCCAGAGCCUACGCCUGCAGCGUCGACGGUGGACGACGCGCGCGAGGCAUUCCUCGUGGAGUUGGCGUCGUUCCACUUAUCUCUUCAGAAGAGCUUGAUGGUAUGUGAGGCGGAGGCGAGGCAAGUGGAGGAGUAUCAACGAGAACGGGAACGAAUAGCUUCGGACCAUGCACGAUUGAGAAAUGAGAUUGAACGCCUCAAAACGGACUUGGAGGACGCGCAGUUGCAAAGGAAACGGAAGAUCGAAUAUGACGCCAUUGCGGAGAAGAUCAAUACGCUACCUAGUAGAGAAGAGCUUCAACGGUCCAUUGAAGCCCUCGAGAACGACAUGACUGCCAUCCGUUCAGAGCACGAGCAUCAGUCGCGUACGAUACAAGCCCAAAAGUCAGCCUUGGAUAAUGUCAUAGUGGACCUGAACGCGCUUCGCGUUAUGGGCAAGCAAGAUCCCGCAGACCUCUCACGACCCUCCACACCGCCACCCGAGAUUACCAAUGUUGACGAUGAUGUCGAUAUGGACGGCUCCGCGAGCGUGCGGACGCGAGAGGAAACUGGAGAAUUGAAGGAGGAUGACGCGAGGGACAUGCCCGACAAUGACAGGGAGUCUGACGACGUCCCCUUGGCGGCGAGGCUGCACCUCAAUCCCGGCGCUCGACCCUUCGUGCCCAACAGGUCGAGAACACCAACCCCUGCAUUGCAGCCUGCUCUGUCACCGGCACCACCUCUACCGUCGAGAGCGGAGGACGAUGACAUCGAGAUGGGCGAGUUGGCUGAGGACCCGAAGGAUCUGAAGGCGAGGAGGAAACCACGCGAAGAGGAGCUGGAGGAGGGUGAGGCUAGUGAUGAAAGCAGUGAGCUCUCUGACCCCCCUGAUGACUGA